AUGAGGCUUUACGGUUACGUGAUGCUGGUAUUAAUAGAAAUCCAUGGCAUCCUAUGUUUGAAAGAAACAGACCUAAAGCGGAAUCUGCUGGCCCCUGGUGUAUAUGACAACACGGUUCGACCGCGCCUCAACACCAGCCAAACAGUGCACGUAAAGAUUGGAGUAGUCAGCAUAUACGUCAUCGGAAUAAAUGAAAAAGAAAGUUCCUUUUCUCAAGCAAUAAGAUUGGAUGCCAGCUGGGAGGAUGAAUUUCUGAGAUGGAACUCCAGUGAGUAUGAAGAUUUGGAAAGCGUGGUUGUUGACCCGUCAACUAUAUGGACCCCGGAUAUCUACAUUUUUGGGAGAAUGGAAUCUAAUACAGAAUUAAAGUUUAGUCGGACACGUGUCCAAUCAACAGGCUUGGUCAGUACAAUGUUUUCGGGAGUUUUGACCACUCACUGCAUCAUGGACUCCGCCUACUUUCCUUUUGAUUAUCAACUUUGUGACUUCAUGCUAGGAUCUCAAGUAUACACAAAGUCAGAACUCGCAAUAGAUAUCAUCUCAGCAGGAAUGACAGAAGAUAAUAAAAACAAUCCUAAUUGGCUUAUGGAACAUAUAAAAAUCAACAACACCAACCAGGAAAUCUACUUUUGUCUCAAACGGAAGUCGGUUUAUUUCACAAUCCUAUACAUGGCCCCAACUCUCAUGCAAGCAGUCUUAAUUCUCCUCUCAUAUGUUAUUCCGAGUGAAGCCGGCGAAAAAAUUUCCUUCGGAAUGUCUCUUUUCCUUUCCUUUAUGGUAUUUCUGUUGCAAUUAAAUGGUGACGUACCAGAAGUCUCGGCCUAUGUUCCUGCAUUAGAGGUGGUCAUUAUGCUUCACAUGUUGAGCGGGGUUGUAUCUGUUGUCAUAUCCUCCAUUACGGCUUACGUAACACACAAUUCUAGCCAAUCACAAGUCACUUUGUCCAGGGUCAAUCCCUUAUCCUUGGAAACUGGCAGAAAGAAUGAAAAAUCUAAAAAGAAAAGGAUAAACAGCAUUUGUGCACGUCUAAAAUCUGGGAAAUACCUUAACCGCAUUGGAUUUAUCACGUCACUUAUUCUUAUUCUGACAGCAAAUUUAGUGAUGAUUUGUGCUAGAUUAAUUUCUACAGGUUGUUCCAAACCUGUAUAG